CGGCUUUAAACUGCAGUCCGCAGCACAUGCAGCAGGGUCCCCACCACCACCACGCUCAAAGUCGUAAAUUCUCGUCUGGCCGUUGCAUUUUCGAUGCAAUUCUCUCUCUGCCUCUUGCCUGCUUACUGAGCUUACUUUGGUUCAAAUACUGACGGACUGUCAAAGUGUAUACUGCAUAUGUAUUUUGAUUUCUCGCGAGUCGCGACGCCGUCUUUCUGUUCGUUCGUCAGUUAGGACUCAGCCGUCCGCUUUUUCCGAACUUUUGUGACUAGUGCAAAACAGUGUAGAUUACAGUGCUACAAUGUCCGAUACUCCAGAAUACAGUGAUUCAAAAAUGGAUAUUGCCAAAGCCGCUUCGUCUUCAUCCAGCAACAGUCGACGCACACCACCGAAUUGCGCCCGGUGCAGCAACCACCGCAAAAAGAUCGCCCUUAAGGGCCACAAGCGCUAUUGCAUGUACCGGAACUGUAAAUGCCAAAAAUGCCAAUUGACGUCCGAGCGUCAAAGAGUCAUGGCCAUGCAAACUGCUUUACGCAGAGCUCAGGCUCAAGAUGAAGCUAUGCUUAAAAAUGGAAAUAUAGAUUUGAAUAAUAUGUUACCAGCAGCCGCACAGAAAACUCCAAGCCCUAUGCUGGAUAGAGGCAGUUUAGACUGUGACUCUUCAGCUUCUUCGCAAUGCUCAAAUCCUCCAAUUCCCAUGGGCACUAGUAGCUCGAGCAGAAAAGUUUCACCGGUUAUUGCUGUUGCUGCUACCAGUACAUCUCAGGUGCAAGUUGGAGUUAAUAACGAAGUUUUACCUUAUGAAUAUAAAGCUGGAGAUGAAGAGGGGGCAAGUGCAUCCAAGAAAAUGAAGUUGGAGGAACAACAUUUCCUCUCUGAUAACUCAGGUUAUCUACAAGACAAUCUUGGUCAUCAAAGCACAGAUCUUCUGGAAGACUGUCACAAACUUCUAGAAAAGUUCAAUUAUCCAUGGGAAAUGAUGCCGUUGAUGUAUGCCAUCCUCAAAGACGCCAGAGGGGACUUGGAGGAAGCGUCACGACGGAUAGAUGAAGCCUUCCUGGAAAUCCGAGUGAAAGCAGCCGAAGCCGCCCGAUUCACCUUAUACCAUCUACCCUAUACCGGUCUAUACUCAUCAGUGGCCGCCCUUUAUCCGCCCAUCUACUUGCCAUCAGAGCUGGGCAGUAGCUAGCUACCAAGUAGUUAAGCAACUAACUUAGCUACUUCUAUGGUAGCUAAUAACUUAUUCAAGCUACUCUUUAAAAAAAGUAGUUUGUAGCUAUAGCUUUUUGGUAAUGUGUUCCAUGUAUUCAUAAGCUACCUACUGUGAAAAGUAGCUAGCUACUGAAACAAACUACUUAAGCUACUUUUGGUAGUUGAAGUUACUUUUAUUGCUCAAGCAACAAUUUUUUUUUUCCCGAAAACUCUUAUCCUGCCUUGUUUAGACUAGUUUCAACUUAUCUCUGUAGCUAUGUCCUAGGUCCUGUUUUAUUCUCGCAUUCGCAGAUCACUGUGAUCAAAGUGAACUUGAUAAAGCUCCAGUGGUUUUUGACAAAAAUAUGAAUACUGCAGUUCCUAGAGUAAGCUAAAAUUUUAUUUUCGUAUGAUGAUAUAUUAUGAAAUUAUAUAUAUUAGGUAAGAAACCAUCGUCACCAAAAGUACUUGGGACCAAAAAUCAUAGUUUGAAUUUGACACUAAAAAUCAUUUAUUAGUACAAGAGCUAAUAUGAUGCUGUCCCAGUUACUUUUGGUGACGAUGGUACAUUGUGCACGUUUUUUUGUUUUUAUUAAUUUAACUUUUAAAAAAGUAGCUUAACCAGUAGCUUUCACUAAUUCAAUAUGUAGUUAAGUUACCAAUAGCUUAGCUAUUUUUUCAAAGUGGUAGUUGAGCUACCUAUAAUAUAAAGUAGCUUGUAACUUGUAGCUAGCUACUUUUAUCAAGUAGCUUGCCCAGCUCUGCUUGCCAUCCAUGCCUGCUGCGGUGUACCAACAACACCCGGCCCUUAUGCCGCCCAUGAGACAACAGUCGCCCUCCACAUCGCCACACAACCUGACGAUGCCAUUGAGGCCCACCAGUCAGGCGGGAGAAGGUAAGAAUUAUUAUAUUUAAUAAUAAUUAAUGGUUAUGACCUGAUCUUUUUUACGAAUUUAAUAUGUUUUCGAGGGUUUCGCCAUCCUUAUUGAAGGGCUCAAAUUUAAUACUAAUGAAAAACACUAUUUUUGUAAGUUUUUUUUUAAUUAACACGGUCAUAAAUUAUCAUCUACAAAAAAGAAAAUCCAUAAUUUUUCUUUAAAUAUUUUCAAUUUAACCGGAAAAUUAUGGAAUAUUGCCAUUGUUUAUCGAGCAUAUUUUGAAAUUUGGUGAUUGGCCAAGAUCUUAUUUAUCCUACAAAAAUAUUUUGAUUGUUUUUCCCAAUUCAUUUGGUAGUUCACAAAUUUUGGUUAAAUUUACCCUUGAAAGGAAGGUUUUGGGGCUUCAAUAAUGUCCUUGGUGGACCCCCUCUAAUUUGUGAUAAUCUUAAUGUUACUGAAUGUAAAUUAAUGUGUAAUAUUGAAACAAAAAAUAGUUUUUUGUAUAUUUUUUAGGAAUUGUAUAUAACAUAAGAUUUGCCUAUAUGAAAAACAAUGCAUGUGGAAGUGUAUGGUGGACCAAAUUACACCUAUGAGGUUGUAUUUUUGCAUAAAUAUUACACCGAUUUUGAAAGUAUCAGGUUCUGACUAGUUUGUUGCUAUAUAUAAUACACUCUAUCUGGUUGAAGUUGCUCGCAAAAAAUUAUUACUUGAAUGUUUACAAAGAUACCUACAUUGCAUAAUCUUGAGUUUACUUUAAACCAGAAAAACAACUUGGUAAAAUGUAGCAACCCUUAUACUAAAUGAUACUGCACAUUUAAACUCUCACAUUCACAAGAAUUCAUUAUCAUCAUUUAUUUCUUUCCAUAAGGCAUAUGGGUUGAAUUGGAAGAAAAAAGACUUCUGUUCCAGAUGGAACGAUUAGGCUUGCUGAUUUCAUUUUUUUUAUAUCCAGAAACUAUGGUGAUUAUUUUCUGGACUAAGACUUGUCUUCUGGUGUUACACGCUUAGGGCCGCUUCUGAAACUCAGCGCCAAAGUGAAGUGUGCACUCCGGUAGUUGAAAUGUUGACAACGCCAAGGAGUUUGGAAAUAAGUCAUAUAAUCGGUCAGUCGGAAGCAGGCAGGACAAGUGAAAUUUACCAAACAUAACCGUGCUGUUGUUAAAUAGCACAGAUCGAUGACCUUAGGACUCGAUUGUGGUGCUUGUCAAUCGAUUCCUGUUUUCAGAGAUGGUGGAAUUAUCUUGCCUAGCAUCCUACUUGGAGAUAGAAUUACGGUGAAUAUACAAAAUCAUUUUGCUACAACAAAAUCAGGAAAUAAUUACCUCAUGGUUGCUAUGAACUAUUUCUCAAAGAGGUCAGAACCAGUGCCAAUCGCAAAUCAAGAAGCGGUUACACUUGCUGGAGCAUUACAGGAAAACACCAUAUAGCCAAGCACGGGGUACGAUGGAAAUAAUUUAUACCGAUCAGCGAAUUUGGAGUGAGUCCGGACUAAGGAAACAACUGAUGAGGUUAACGAUAAGGAGAAUCAGAAUAGCGACUUCAUCCACUAUUCAAACGACGAAAAUUUCACCAGGAAUAGACUUCGUCUGAACAGUGACAGAAUGAAGAUGAGGCUCGACAACCGACAGCUAAUAGUGAAGACUGAGAGGGAAGGGCGCCCCGGUGUAAAGGAUUCAACUUUCGCUGAAAGCCAACCAAAGGUCUGUCACGUAGAAUGACUGGCCCCAUACAGAGGCAAGACUACACCGACUCCGUACGUUGUGCUUGUCGAUCUACUCCUGUGUGUACGAUGGCGGGAACUUCUCGAGAAAAUUAAAGAAGGCUUGAGAUAAUAUAUAAGCACCGCGCAACGCAAACGGUGGAGAGUUUCGAAUUGGACGGUAAAGCGAUCAGAUAUAGUGAUAUAGUUUUGCGUGUUGUAAUAGUGCUAGUUUUGUCGUAAUUUUUGUGGCAUGUGUUAAAAAUAAAAUUUAUUUAGGUUUCAAAAGCAGUCAUAUCUACAAACAUGCUUACGUAACAAUACAAAUUAAAUACAUAUUAUUCCGAUUUUGUAUCUGAAGGAAGAUUUAGCUGAAAAUGAUGCAAGAAGAUGGGGAAACUUAUCAGAACUGGAAUAACUGUAUUAAAAGAAUUAUUGAAAACACAUGCCUUUUAGAGUGCAAAAAAGUCAUGCAGUAACCUGGAAGGAAAUGGUCAGAGGAUGGGUCCAAUAAGCCAUAUUUUCUCCCAUUCUACUAACUAGACUUGCUUGAAAAUAUUGAAAAGCAUGAAAAAGUUGUAAUUUGAAUUCUUUUUUUUUUCAGUCUAUAAUCUUUAUUUUGGUGUGGUGGCCUGCAGGGUCCUUGUCGAGUCGAGUGCGAGGUUGUUAGCUUUGUAUGUGGGUGCGUUGUGCUAAAUUUAAUGUGUCCAUUUUGUGCUCCUGGGAGUACAGAGGUAGUCUGUAGUGUAUCCUUAGACUAUAUACCUACAAUGCUGUAGAGAUAGGACAAGUCAUAGAUUUUUUUGUGGUGGGAGAACGCUGCAGCCCGCAGGAGUCUUUGACGUCAAGCGGUAGCCGUGUGGUUGCCUAUCCUUUUCUUAUAUAAGAAGUUGGAAAAAGACAUUACAUAAAUACGCUGGAUCUAUUUUACUAUGCGGCGCAAUGUGGUGUUUAUGUUUAUAAUGUGCAUCAAUGUUGGAGCAAAAGAAACAGGCACCUUGUCCUGUCUACAAUAUCGUAGGUAUAUAGUCUAAGGGUGUAUCGGUCUCUGGAUUGCAGGGCUUGGGGAGUUGCGCCGUCUUAUCGCAAGGUUUUGGGUCCGUUCAGCCGGUCCGCAUGUUGUUUGCAUAAUUUUUUUUGUGGAAACCUCAGUAAAGUAGUCCUGGAGAGUGUCUAUGUUCGCCAUUUUAUGUACCUCCUCUAUUUUGAUACGUUUGUAGUCUUUUGUUCUUGCGUGUUGCUAAUAAUUUUUCACGCAGGAACUCCGUAUAGAAGGGUGGGUCGAAUAAUUGUCUUGUAAAUUUGUAUUUCGUUUUCCGAGCUUAGAAGAUCUCGGUUUCAUUAUUGGCGCUAGUCUGGCGCUAGUCCGUUGCGUUUUCCGCAAAAAGGCACUGUUUUAUAUUGCGGUACCUAUUGUCUGCGUACAUUUUGGCUUUUGUGUCAUUUGUCUUGGAGAAGUCUGCAAUAAAGAGAUUGAAUAGUGUUGGGGACAGAAUUGUGCCCUGGUUCGUAGUAGAAUCUUCCACCAGAGGCCUUCCUGUUGAGCAGUUUGUUAUUAAUUUUUGUUGAAUCCGCGGAGGUAGUUAGUGUAUUCUUUUAUAUUUUGGGAGGGAUAGGGUAUUUUAUUUUUGUAAAUGCCUUUGCUGAGGUUUGUCAAAAACAUUUGCGAAAUAGCUGGCACACACUUCGGCUUUGUCUUGUUCGUGAUAUAUGCUCUUGCCGAAAUCCACAAGCAAUAGCUCAUUUCCAGGGUGAUAUGCUCCACUCUAGUGCGUGAGUGAUUUAUAUGGUUACGUUCAAACUACACUAAUGGCCGUUUCCACCAAGUAUUUUAGGGGAGCCUUAACGAUAAGUAUUCCCUAAAAUUACAUUUUUACAUGUAGAAAUAUCAGUUCAAGGAAUACUUAUCGUUAAGGCUCCCCUAAAAUAUUUGGUGGAAACGGCCAUUAACGCCAGUUAUAGAAGAUGCGUAAUUUCAAAACUACAGAAAAAACUUAACAUUUUAACUGAAACCUGACUUGUGAAAGCGGCCCUUAGCUCAUUUGAACGGGAUUCAAUAGACGAAUUUUCCAACGGUAAAUUAAUUUGAAUUAAUUUAAACCAACGUUUGGAGCUAAGCGCGUUCACACAAUGAAAAAAAGUUCCCAACCUUGGGUCGAACGUUCACCCAAACGUCAUGUUGCGAUUAUUAUUAAAAUUGAUUAUCUGGCUUAAGAAAUGGGUUUGCCAUUCCGCAAAAGAUCUAUACUUCCCUUUGUUUUUUAUCAGCCUGCGUUCUAUAUUAUUUAGGCCCGGUUUAAUAAUCUUCAGAUAAACUUGCUGGUAACUAUCUGCAAGUUAAAUUUAUCGUUCCAUAUUUCUAUUGGUCGGCGGAUAACUGGCUGACCAAUGAGAUUGCAGAUUGCGUUUUUGUCCGUCAGAUUGCAUAUCUGAGAGUUUAUCAGAAGAUUAAUAAACCGGCCUUUAGUAAGAUAAUAAUAUCAAGAACCAAGAACUUUCUUGCGUCAGAAAUAACUUAGCUGAAACAAUUUUUUUACUUAAAAAUCUAGCGCAACAAUGCGAAUUUGUCCCUAACCUAUAAUUAUAAUUCUUUUGUUAAUACUGUUCGCCAACGGAAUCACCGACUGUGUUCCUUACUUUGUAAUUUCCAAUUUUACUCUAGGUCGUCCAUAGUCCUGAGCCACACUAUUCGACCAUCGGCAAAACAAAAAGUCUACAGCGUGCUUUUUUAUGGGUUCUGACAGUCUCUUUUCUGUAUUUUGAGAACUUGCUCCAGAUAUAUCUUGAAAAGCGUAGGAGAAAUACACCCUUGUUUUGGUUAGUUUGGGUUAUUGACUUCAAAUCCUCUAAUCAGCCGUUUUUUCAUCUACCUUUUGUUGGUUGUUUGUUUAUUUUUUUUUUUCAAACGCUUUAUAAAGUAGUUACUGUUGAAGUCUUUAUGGAGAUCUACAUACAGCAAAUAUGUUAUUCUUGUGUAUAUGCUAUUAUCUUCAUUCGUGUUAUACAGAACAGAGGGUCCAUAGUCGUUCUCCCCGCCCUAAACCCGGCUUGCUUUUUCACUACCAUACCUUGGUACUUACUCGUUCUCAACUCUUAUUAUUUUUCAAUAGAUUCAACUAAGCCGACUAGUACCACAGAUUACUUACAUACAGAGGCGAAAGAGCGGCGAAUUCGUGGUUCAAGAUUAAUUUGAUAGACAUAGGCUGGCCGCACCAAUGCCACAUCAAUGUAUUUUGAACAUAUUUAUUAUAUAAAUGCGGAAGCUCAAUAAUAUAAUAUUAUUUCUUUAAUUGGUUCACAAACAGCAAAAAAAUAUUUUUUUCUACCCGCAAAAAUAUGUAAACACACAGGCUGGAACAUGCUCACGCACUCGGCCACGUUAAUUGUCCUGACGCGGGCGAUCUUUAUCUAUGCGUAGGGUUGCUGGCAGCCCGGCUUCGUCACAGAAUAUCGUCGACGGCAAGUAUACGUACUUUCGCAUCUGUAUUAGGUGAUCUGUGCUAGUACCACAGAAAUAACUCUAUAAUUGUCGGAGUUGUCUUUUCUUCAUUUUUGCUGAAUUGUAGAUAUGUAAGAAGUUUUCUAUUCCUCUCUUACUUUGGUACCAUUUAACUAUUUCUGAAAAAGGUUUCGUAUUCGACAAAAUAGUCUAUACCAUAUUCUCCGUUCUUCAGAUGUAUCCACAGUUUGUCAGCCUCAGGAAGUGUCAGCAAUAUCAUGCAGCCAAAAGUUUUGACCACAUCGGGAAUAUCUCCUUGAAACACUGCUCGUUUUUUUUAUAGGUUUCCAGGUGUUGAUCUCAUUCAUGAUAUGUUAGUGGGGAUUUAAUAUCUCUAGUAGGUUCUUUUCUUGAUUUUCCUAUAACUUCCAACUCGCCGUACCUCCUAUAUAUAUCAGAAUGUUUUCUAUACGGAAAAUUCAUAGUGCCGGUGCUAAGCGUGCAAUCCACUGCACUCACCUCUUACGAUGAGGUUCUUCUAGACACGGAGUCUAGAAGCGAGAUGAAGAAAGAGGAUUCUGGCCCUCAAAAAAUAGUCGUCAAUUCUGCACGUUGUUCUACGCUCUGACAUCUGGUAUUUUAAAUUUCGUUUUCUGUUAAAUAAUUAGGUAAUUGAUGAGGGAUUUCCACUUGUGAGAUUGUUUGGUCCAGGUGUACUUAUUAUGUUUUUGUGUUUGACGAAACCAUUGUGGGCAUUUACGUCUGAAUAUUCGCGAAGUGGUAUUGUUGACAACGUGUUUCCCAUGUGCCAACUGUUAGCCGCAACAGUGAAGCUAUACAGUAUUUAGUUCUACUGAUCUCCUAUGUCUCCUUGGGAAUAUAUGUAUCUAGAACCACUGACUGAUAUCUAAGUUGGUUCACUUAAAGAAGUUCUUUUAUGGCUAUAUUUGCAUCUUGAUUCAUUGCAUAGAUUCCAAAAUUCGUAAGUCUCUAUCCGUUUAUUGUGAUAUUCAUUUUCAUCAGUCUCAUUUACGGCAUUCCAGUUGGUGAUGAAUUGAAUCAAUCAACAUGAGAUUACAUGUUGACCAACAUGCUAGGCUUGCCUUUGCUACACCGCUAUGGGAGUGGUAAUACUGUCCUAGGUUUUCAGAUCUUUUCCCUUUCUUCUUUGUUUCCGUUAGUACUACAACGUCUAUAUCUUCACGGGUGCGAAACUUUUAUGUACAAAAACAUUCAACCAAAAAAACUCUAGAAUCACGUAAAUGCUUGUUUAUUUGAAUCACCAUAUCGAUUCGUCGUAGUUUCAAUAUUAUUGGGAUAAGAUGUUAGACCUGUCAAGGACCGUGUGAUUGUUGUCGUAUAGCUACAAUCACACAACACGUAAAAAAGCUUCACGUCUCUGGAAAGACAACACCAUCAGUCCAACACAGCAAAUUGCUGCGACGAUCGCCAAGUUGCGACGAGAGCAGGAUUGUGUUCGGCACCUGUUAGUGACGAACCGGAACGUAGGUGACGGCUGUUUGAUGUCGUGUAUUUUCCAUAGAAUAGAAUACUCAGUAUAUUUCUUUAAGCUUGAUUUCAAAUAUGAAGUUUGGUAGCGAAGUCAGAAUUCUCGUAACUUGUCUAAUUUACAAAUAGAACACGAUGCAAUGUUCUAGAAAAACUUAUUUUUCGAUGUGAAGCCCAGUAAAGUCGUUAACUCAUUUCAACAAAAGUUCACUCACCGUUACCCCACUCCUGAAACCAAAUUUCUACCGAUUUUGUGGUUCCAUUAAACUCUCCACCAACAACAACAACAUUUAUUGAACUAAUUGACCUAAGACCAUUUACUAAUGACUUAUCGUUUUUAGUUAACUUUAUACAAUAAUUCUCUUAUUCAAACUGACUUGGCGCCUGAUUCUCGAAACAGGGGAGCAGGGUUCGAUGCAAAAUCUCAUAUGAGUGACAAAGACCGAAAAUUUGUUCUCAUGAGAACGGUGCUCCCUUGUUUCAAGAAUCAGCCGCCUGGCUGACUUACAAACUACGCGCUCUAUAUACAGAGACAUUUAUUCUAGAAUCACGUGAAUGUUUGUUUAUUUCAAUCACACAAUGAAAUUCCUGAAUAAGCUCCAGUCGAAGCAGUGGCGCCGGCUUCUCCUCACCAAUUGUUCCUGUGAAACGGUUUGUGGUAAAGUUGUUGAUAUACUGGGUUCCAUCGUUUUCGUUGAGUGAUGCUUUCGACAUUGGAAACUGAAAAAGACGUUGCUACUACUGUUCAAAAAAUUUAAUAAAAUAUCAAUUCCAAUUGCAUCAACAAUUUGUAAUUCACAGAUUCUAUCCUUUCCGUUGAUUUAAGUAUGCCACAAGAUCAGGAACGAAUUAUUGAAUGUAUUUAACAGAGUAAGUUUGCAUGGUAGUAGAUGAAAACAUUAUAGUUGCAGACAAUAUUUUUGGAUUAAAAUAUAUAUUUUCCUCCAGAAACCGCUUUUUUCCAACAUUGCUAGACAAGUCGGCGGAAAUAAAAGGUAAUGAUACUUGUUUGUCCGCAAAUUGAUGCAUAAUUACAUUCUCUUUGCGAAGAAAUUAUAGAAAAACAAAUGAAAAAAAUAUAGGAGCAACUGAAAUACAGACGUCGAGGACGAAAGUUGGGAAAAUUACCUGAAAGGUAAGAGUUUCGCAACCAAUUUAAAAAAUACAUCUUUUUUCAUUUCUCAAUCGUUGUUUUCGAGAUAAUGAUUGAUAUAAGGGCCUCUAAAUGCCGACCAGAUUAAGAAUAAAUGCUUGUGAUUUUUAUUAUAAAAAGGGUUAUGCUUGAAUUUUAUUUACAGGGAUUAUCAAUUUUUUUAUUCUCAAUUGAGUAAAUCUGCUUUUGGUUUAUCCAUAAAACCCCAGUACCUGAAUUUGACCCUGAAAAUUUGUCAUUAAUCUUUUGUAGCAAUUUCUUCGCAGUUCUUUUUUAGAAACAAUCUCUGUUGGUCCACCAUAUACAUACCUACAUAGAAAUUCAAAAAAAAAGAAUCAGUAAUAUACUAGUCAGUUUCAAUUUUUGUUUCUGUUCCAAAAACUAUAAAACUAUAAUUAACGAUAUGCUUGAUGCUUGUUCUAAAUUAAAACAUGUCAAUCGGGAAUCUGAUUGGUUGUUACUGAUUCUUGGUGGGAACAGACCUGUUCUAGUAGUAAGUAUCCGUCACAAAUAUUAAAUAAAUAAGUUACCUGUAAUAAGGACUACAUUGCCAAUGCCGAAUUAUUAAAUAUUGUCCAUUUUUGUGAGAUAAGAAAAAAUAUAAUGAAAAUAUUAUAGGAUAAUCGUGUAUUUUAUGUAUUUUUAAGACAAAAAAUUUUAAAUGUGAAUAUAAUCUAUAUUAAAAUUAGUAAUUUAGGAAUCGAUGUUUUUUGUUGAGAAAUUGUGAAACAGUUAAAUAAAGAAAAUUGAAAAAAAAAAAAAAAUUGGUAAUUGUUCCGGUUGUUUGUUUCGUUGAAUCUAAAAAGAUGCAAACGGAAUAUUUGAGAAAUAAAUGACAAUUAAUUAAAAAAUAUCAAAAUGUUUUUAUUUUUAAUGUACCUAAUGUGUAAAAUUUUUGUAUUUAAC